AUGGGACAACAUUUAUCUCCACUAGAGAAAAAGGGGAACCCUUCUCCUUCAAGAUUAGCCAAGAUAUGUUCUGGUUUUGAUGAAGCGGUACUUACAAUGAAGAAAGGAGAAAUAGCAUUGUUUACAUUGCCUCCCCAAUUGGGAUUUGGAGUUUCAGUCACAAAUGUUGUGCCUCCAAAUUCUAUCAUUCAGUUUGAAAUAGAGCUUCUCUCAUGGAUCGCAGUAUUAGAUGCCUGUAAAGAUGGUGGCAUUCUUAAGAGAGUAGUGAAGAAGGGGGAAGAAACAGGACAACCUGGCGAUUUGGAUGAGGUUAUAGUGAAGUAUGUAGUGAAGCUGCCCGAUGGUGUUAUAAUUUAUGAAUCACCAAAAGAAGGUGUUGAGUUUUACUUGAAAGAUGAUGGAUUUGGUGAAGAAGGGGUUACAAUUACAUCACUACCCAAUGGUUUCUCUCCAAUUCCACCAAAUUCUAUGCUUCAUGUUGAAUUGGAAUUGGCAGUGGAUUAUGUUAGUGAAGAAGGGCAGUUUGGGGAUUAUGAUGAAAAGGUUGUGAAAUCAUUAAGAGUUUCAUGCUGGUUGAAUGCUGCUGCUUGUAGCCUCAAAUUAGAUGAUCACAAAAAUGCAAUCAUCUUAUGUUCAAAGGUGUUGGAUGUUGAGUUUUACAAUGUGAAAGCUUUAUACAGAAGGGCACAAGCUUACAUGCAAACUUAUGAUUAUGAAUCGACUGAAUUGGACACCAAGAAGGCCUUGGAAGCCGAUCCACAAAAUAGGGAGGUAAAGUCUAUUCACAAGACUUUAAAGCAACUUGAAGCUGAGAGUAACAAAAGAGAUGCCAAACUUUAUGCAAAUAUGUUUGCCCAAAUGGCUAACGAUUGUUUUAUACAAACUAAGAGAUUAAAGAUUGAGAAAGUGGAGAAGAAUGAGAAGGAUGGUGUCAUGGGAAUGGAAUUGGAAAAAUGUGACAAUGAAAUGGCUGUUGAUUCAUCUUGA